UGCCAGGGGUUUGAUUAGGAAUCGGCCCUUUUUCUUUCGGACCACAAAGCAGAGCUAGCUCUGUCUAAAUUUUAAAAAAUCACUCAACUUAGCCAAAGUGUGUUUACUAGCUGUUUACUAGAUUAAUUAUAUUUUAAAAGCUGCUAAACACCAUGGCAUCAGCGGAUCAUACCCCUUGGUCAGAGUCCUUGGUCUGGGAUCUCGACUCCUCUGCAUCAGGUGGAUUGAAACGGGAGAAACAACUUUCUGCCUCACAGAGAAGAUACUACAACUUCUGCAGGAGGAAGUCAUUUGCUGCCUUUGUGGCAUCAAAGAGCGACAGCAGUCAGGAGGAAGGAAACACAACUUGGUGCUGCUGCGACCAGACCUUCAAGGAACACCCCGCUAUUCACAAGCAUGUGGCCAGAACUCAUGAUGCUGAAGUAAAGCGGCUCGCACAGGCCACAUAUGAAUGUUUGUUAAGCCAGCUGGAGGAGGAACCCGAAACACGGCAGCCAAGCGAGCGCAAAGCCGAGGCAGUCGACAUUUCCUCAUGGAUACCCGACACCAGUCACAUCUCUGAGGAGCAACUUCACAAGGGUCCAGGCAUGGUCAUCCUCUAUUAUCACUACUGUCAAGUGGAGGAUCCGCACGUCAUCUGUGCUUGGCAGAAAGCUUUGUGUGAAAAGCUCCACUUAACUGGCAAGGUGAGGGUGGCGACUGAAGGCAUCAACGGAACAGUCGGUGGCACCAACGUGGCCACUGACAUUUACAUCACCGCAAUGCGUGCGCAUCCCCUCUUCAAGAUGGAAAGGGAGGAUUUCAAGACAAGUGACGGUGGUGCAGAGUGUUUCACAGACCUGAGGGUUGGGGUCUAUAAAGAAAUCGUCCCGAUGGGAGUGGAUCCUGAUGUCAUCUCCUACCGACUAGCAGGAAUUCAUUUGGAGCCUGAGGAGUUUCACAAAGAAGUGGAGGCUCUUUUGGCUAAAGGGGAUUUGUGCAAUGACGCCAUCCUCCUAGACUGCCGUAACUUCUACGAGAGUAAAAUCGGGCAGUUUACUCAGUGUCUGGCGCCAAACAUCCGUAAGUUCAGCUACUUCCCGGACUACGUCGACAACAACCUCGAACUGUUUAGAGACAAAAAGGUCCUCAUGUACUGCACAGGAGGCAUCCGGUGUGAGCGCGGCUCCGCGUACCUCCGCUCUAAAGACGUGUGUAAAGAGGUUUACCAGCUGAAAGGUGGAAUUCACAAGUACCUGGAGCGUUUCCCGGAGGGUUUCUAUCGAGGAAAACUUUUUGUCUUCGAUGAGCGCUACACCAUCUCCGCCAACAGUGACGUCAUCUCAGACUGCAGGUACUGCGGCUGUCCCUGGGACCAGUACAAGCUCUGUUCCUCCCAGUUCUGCUGCCAGCUGGUUCUGUCAUGCCACGGCUGCAGGCAGGAUGGACACACCGCCUGCUGCCCCACCUGCCAAAAGAAAGGACAGGCUCAGAGCGAGGCGUCCUCUGCCGCUCCACAUCACAAAGAGGAGUGCGAGUGCACCGAUGGACGUCCCCGAAUCCCCCAGGAUGUGUAGCGAUACAGUGGUGGCGACCGGACAUCAGUCUUUGCAGCUACAUGAAAAGUGCUGCAUGUCCAGGGAUGUUAAUCAGAAUUUUACAGCUAAAAUUAGUGGAAGGUGACCAGUAUAUUUUUAAUCAUUAAGUUUUUUACAUGAAUGUUGGGAAUUAAGUCAGAUUUACUGUAUCUAAAUGGUUUAAUUCUGAAGACAGAGUCAUUCAUGAAGCUGAUAUUAGAUGAUAAAACUGUUUAUUCAUCUGUUAUUGAGAAAAUGUAAGAGUGCAUCUGCAGAAUCCAUGAGUUUUAUUAUGUCAAUUUUGUGAAAUAUAAAUGCCUUAUUGUUAAUGAAAGCUCCAUUCCAGGGGAUUUGAACUUCUUAUUUUGUGUGUGUUUGCUUGUUUGUGUAAAAAUGGGAUUUUAUCCUUUUAAAAUCAGUGCUUUGACAAUCAUUUGUGUUAAUUACAUACUUUUAUUUGUCCCAAAUGUAAAUGGUUUCACGGCCAAUUUUAAAAUGAAGUCAUUUGAUUUAAUGCUGUAUAGAAAACAGUGUGGAUACGAAUACGCCAAAAAAAACAGGCA